AGCGCGUUGUUAUAUACACUUUUUUGUCUCUGCGAAGACGGAUUAAUUUUGUUACUACGAAGUUAAAACAAAUUAUUUAAAUAUUCGAGUGUUUGUCAAAAGUGAAUCAAUGAUUCAAAUAUAAAGUGUUGCAUAUUUUGCAUUACAACAGUUUGAAAAUCUUGCUCCAAGCAAGAAAAACGCAUUUUUUUUCCCAUAAUCGGAACGUGAAAUCAAAGCGUACGGGCGUCUGAUCAGACGGCAGCCAAAUUAAGGAACAAAGCUAAAAUGGUGUGAAAAUAUUACCGGAGACCGGGUUUUUAGUGUGCAUCGGUCGUUUUUAGCUGAGUGAUUUCGUUAAUUUUGCGUUUUCAUUUUCAAGAUUUGUUUUAUUUAGAUUGUGUUAAUUUUAAGGAAUCUCUUCGAUUUUUCACAAUUAAUACGUUUCACAUAUAUACCAGUAUAUAAACAAAAGGCUAAGUUAUGUCAUCAACCGCCAGCAAAAGAAAAGAAAUCUACAAGUACUUAGCGCCAUGGCCGCUAUAUUCAAUGAAUUGGAGUGUUCGUCCCGACAAACGCUUCCGUUUGGCGUUAGGUAGUUUUAUAGAGGAGUACAACAACAAGGUGCAAAUUAUCAGCCUCGAUGAAGAUACCAGCGAAUUCAGUGCUAAGAGCACUUUCGACCAUCCAUACCCCACGACGAAAAUUAUGUGGAUACCAGAUUCCAAAGGAAUCUAUCCUGACUUACUAGCAACCAGCGGUGACUACUUGCGCGUUUGGCGUGCUGGUGAACCCGACACACGACUAGAAUGUAUACUUAAUAACAACAAAAAUAGUGAUUUCUGCGCACCACUGACAUCUUUUGACUGGAAUGAAGUAGACCCGAAUUUAGUUGGUACCUCAUCCAUCGAUACGACGUGCACAAUCUGGGGUCUGGAAACAGGGCAACCCCAUGGACGAGUCUAUGUAUCUGGACAUGUUAAAACACAGUUGAUUGCGCACGACAAAGAAGUCUACGACAUAGCCUUUUCGCGCGCCGGCGGUGGACGCGACAUGUUCGCAUCGGUGGGCGCCGACGGCUCCGUACGAAUGUUUGAUCUGCGACAUUUAGAACAUUCGACCAUUAUUUAUGAGGAUCCAACGCAUACGGCUUUACUACGUUUAGCAUGGAAUAAGCAGGACCCAAAUUAUUUGGCCACGGUAGCGAUGGAUUCAUGUGAGGUUAUUAUUUUAGAUGUUCGUGUUCCUUGUACACCAGUUGCAAGACUGAGCAAUCAUAGAGCGUGCGUUAACGGUAUUGCGUGGGCGCCGCACAGUUCCUGUCACAUAUGCACUGCCGGUGAUGAUCACCAAGCACUGAUCUGGGAUAUUCAACAAAUGCCGCGGGCGAUUGAAGAUCCGAUAUUAGCGUACACAGCCGCCGAAGGCGAAGUGAAUCAAAUACAAUGGGGCGCGACACAGCCCGAUUGGAUAGCGAUUUGCUAUAAGAAAGCAUGUGAAAUACUGCGUGUCUAGAAGAGGCGUACGUUAGCUUCGUUUAUACGCAUGCGCACAUACAAACGUCGACGCCACACAUUUUCAACAGCAACAAAACCAACAACAACAACAACAAACAAAAUUUCUGUAGCGCAUCUGACGUUAAUUACAAGUAUAGUUACUUAUAAAUAUUUUUGAGUUUGACAUUUGACAGUUGCGCAACAAAUGCAAAUACAUCAAUCCAGCGGCGUUGUUUUGCAGCUAGACUUGCUAAGUUUGUUCAUUUUAUUCAAAUAUGUAAUUGCCUGUAUUUAUUUGCUUUAGUUUCUAAUACACACAUAUAACUUUUAAGUUUAACUUAAGCUUAGCAAAAGGAAAAAUACACACAAAUAAAAAUUGGUUACUGUUUUUAUUUUGCAAAAUUCAAAUCCUUUUUUUCACUUUUAUUUACACAUACAUCCACAUACAUACAUGCAAAAAAGCGUUAUGCACUUAAUGAAAAUCGUCAUUUGUAAGCGGUUUAUAUUUUUAUAUUUGCCAACAAAUCCGCCUGUAUGUGACAGCUGUCAACUGACCUUUACGCUGUGCGCUGUCCGUUAUUUUUGUUUACGCUGACAAACCGACAACUAACGUAUGCAAUACUGAAUCUGAAUCUGCAACUGACCAAUGUAUGCCUGUGCUGCAGUCAACAGUGAUGUGUGUGUGUGUGUGUGGCAGCGUGUAUAACACUAAACCAUUUGUAAUUUAACAUUUCAUUGCAUCUACUGCAUUUCUUACCGUUUACUGCAAUUGACGUACACACUUGAUGUAAUACAUACAGACAUCAGACAUACAUACAGAUGACAGUGUCACAAAAGCGAUCAAGCUAUAAAAAAAGGAAACAUCUUAUAAGCAUAAAAAAGCAAAGCAGUGGAAAAUGACUAAACCUAAAAUUAGCCUAGCAAUACGAACUAUACAUUUAUACAUACAUAACAUGAGCCAGAGCCACAUCAAUAGAACUGAUUACAACUUACUAAAACUAAUUAUUACUUACUCGUAAAUGCAAUAAAAACAAAAAAGCAAAAAAAGAAAACCAAAACACAUAGUAUAUAUAUAUACAUACAUAUAUAUAUAAUUCUAAUUUUCUUUAUAUAUUAUAUCAGCAAUGCGAACCGAAUCGAAACGUAAAAGUAAAUGAACUACACACACACGAAGAAGUAAAUAAUAAAAAAUAAGAGCAAAUAAAUAAAUAGGUGCACAGACUAAGUAAUAAAUAUGUAGAGUAACUGAAAUUUCAAAUGGUACCAUUAACAGUAACAAAACAACAACAACAAAAAAACAAAAACCAUUCAAAAUAAAAAGAAAUACAAUUUAACAAUAUUUUGCGAGAGAGAAAACAAGAUUGUUGCCAAAACCAAAUGAGUAAAUAAAAAUAAUAAGCAAAAACAUAAGAAACAAAAGACAAAAACAAAAGCAAAAACAAACAAAUCAACAAAAGGAUGCAAACAAAUUCAAAUACACAUGACUAGCAACUAAAGACAUAGAAUAGGAGUGCUCCCUAACAACAACAACAACAACAAAAUGAACAACCACCUGCUAAACAACAAAUAAGAGAUGUGUAUGUAAAUUUAUAAAAAUAAAAUGACAAGUUCAUCGAAUGUA